AAGGGUGAUGAUGCAGGGUAAGUCGUUGUGUUGUGACAACAAGCUCAUAGUAACGGCAUCAUUCGUAGCGAACGGACGUGCAAAAAUUUCACAGCGAAAAAAACUGAAAAUUGACAAUGAAACGACGACUUUCAUCUGAAGAUUCCUGUACUGAAGGGAACAUAAUGGCAAAGAGACGAAAAGUCAAAGGAGGAAAGAAAGACAGGAGGAAACGUGGUCCUCGUUCGUCCUCUGACUCCUCCAAAGUUCCCAGGACAGAGUCGUGCGUAUCAGACACCUCUAGCCACAACAGUGACACUGCAGGCAAACUAUCAGCUGCUGAGGAAUAUGCAUUGAUUUCUAAGGAGAUACGUGACUUUGAAGCUGCUUGUGAAGUUUCGCAGACAGAUUGUGCUUCAAACUCUCUCGUCAACAAUGAGGUUGCAGGCGAUACAAAUGUUGCAGCAGAGCUGCAACAUGACUUUCAAUCAGUUGAUUGUGCUAUCAAUGAAAGCAACAAUGAUGCAUGUGUUCUCUCACAAGCAGACAUUCUUGGAUUGUUACAAGGACUGAGCAACACGUACAAUCUAGCAGAGGUGUCUCCGCAGGAGCAACCUUUUCAUGUUGUGUCAGACGGUACCUCUAUGUACCUUGUGGGCUCUCAAAAUCAGGUCUACAUGUCAAUGGUACCACCGACUGGAAGUAGUACUGCUACGACGACAGACUCUCAAAUGGUGUGCACCAUUCACGAGAGCCCUUACCAAUCGAACCAGCUCACAGACAACAUUAACAAAUCGUAUUACUCGACAAUGGAUGUUGAUCGGAGAGAGGCUGACCUACUGAGAUAUCCCUCUCACUUGUUGGAAUGGUCUGAACGUGUGAAAUUCAGUCACGAGAGGAAGUGGAAACUGCUAGAAUACCACGAGCCAACGUACAGCGAGUGGGAUUUCCUAUGAGCAGCAUUCUCGGACAGUUAUUAUGUCGUGUGGUGGUAUAAGUUUGGCCCACUUUGUGAGAAGCAUUCUUGGACAGCUACUAGUAUUAUGUCGAGUUGUGCUAUAGAUUUGGGCAACUUUGUGAGAAGCAUUCUUGGACAGUUAUUAUGUCGUGUGGUGCUAUAGAUUUGGGCAACUUUGUGAGAAGCAUUCUUGGACAGUUAUUAUGUCUUGUGGUGCUAUAGAUUUGGGCCACUUUGUGACUAUCCAUAUCAGCCCAUCUUUUGUCUUUCACUUUUAUAAGCAAACAGAUGUACAACUUUUAAAUUCUUCAUCAUUAGUAUUAUUUAUUUUUUGUCUGUUUUAAAUAUUUUUUUUUUACUUAUUUCUUCAAUUUGCAAUGGUUUUUUUCAGCAAAAUUAUGUCAGCGAUGAAGCAUUUGGCAGUGAGAAAAUUUGAUUAUUAGAAACAUAUUAGAAUCUUUAUUCUAUUUUUCCAUUUAUUUCUUUAGCGAUCUCAAUUUUUAAAAGAAAGACAACGUUGGUUUGGUUGUGCAUCUUAGGCCAUUUAGAGUUUAUUGAGCAUGCUCCAAUUACUUGUAAAUAUUUUGAUUAUUAUUAAUUUAAACUAGUACAUGUAUUAUAUCUCCUGUUUUCUUUCUAAAGAAACUUCAUUUUACAUAGAAAAGAGUUUUUCUU